AUGCGCUACGUGGCGGCUUACCUUCUGGCGGUCCUGGGCGGCAAUGCCAGCCCCGACGCAAAGGCCAUCAAGAAGAUCCUGGAAUCGGUCGGCGCCGACGUGGACGAUGAGUGUCUCAACCGACUGCUGAAGGAGAUGGAGGGCAAGGAUGUGAACGAGGUGAUGGCAGCAGGCGUCGAGAAGCUGGCAUCUGUGCCCGCGGGCGGCGGCGCCGUGGCCAGCGGGGGUGGCGCCGCUGCUGCCGCCGGGGACGGCGGGGAUAAGGAGGAGGCCAAAAAGGAGGAGGAAGAGGAGGAGGAAGAAGAGGAUGAGGACAUGGGCUUCUCGUUAUUCGACUGA